CUUAAAAAAAGACCGCGGGACGGUGUGAGGAGAGAGUCGGUUGAGACGGACAGCUUUACAGUAAACAGAGGGCUAAAGAAAAAAAAACUUAAACUGCUUAAAGCCUGUAACAAAUGACACCACCCGUGAAUCCGCUUCGUCUGCUGGACUCGGUGCUCUUCGACAAGUAUCGUCUGUUUGGUGAGAAGCCGCAAUUGAACGCGGUCAACGCUUCCAGUUUACCGCUCGGAGACGUUUGUUAGCUAGCUAGCUAAGCUAGCAGCAGCAGCUGACCAGCUGAGGAGCAGCCGCUGCGUCUCUACAUGGAUCACACGGAGGAUUUAUCUGCUCGGGUCCUGCUGAAAAAUAUCCUCAGCACGGAGCUGCCACGGACCCCCAUCACCCGCAGUACCUCCAAAGUGCAGAGUACCAGCGGGACCAGGCGCAGCAGUAGACUGAGCAAGAAAGAUGCUGGAGCCCAAACCCCGCAGGACAUCCUGAGGCGCAGCCUGAAACACAAAGUUCGUGAGAGUAUAACCAGGAAAUCCUUGCCUGCUGCCACAGGCAGGGCCUCCUCGGUGGUGCUCAGGAAGAUAAACACUUCGGUGUUCGACGAUGGAGACACGCCGAGGCACAUACUCAGGAACAUCCUGCGGACAGAGCCCGUGAAGUCCCCGGUGGUUCACGACAGUGCUGCGUCAGAAGAGGCCCAGCUGCCUUCAGCCAACUCCAGCCUCACUAGCAAGCGUUCGAGCAUUGAGCUCUCAGGGCUGGAUCUACCUGAUCUAACUAUCGGCAACGCAGCAAGCAUCGCAAAGGGGCUGAGCAGAAAGAGACCACGUCGGAGCCUCAACGUGACCGCUUUUGAGAAGCGACUUAAAGGCGGAAGUGAUGUUGAAGAGGAAAAUGAAGAGUCCUUACGUGAUCAUUCAUCACUUUCUUUGUCGAGUAGUUCAACUUCUUUGAGUUUGAAAACACCCUUUGUGGAUGUUUGGACUGAGGACCGGGGCCUGCAGAGAAGAGUUAAGAACCGGCCAAAAAUAACAGAGGAAGAAUUUGGCGCAGCUGUAAAUAAAUGGCAGAUGGGAGAUGAUCAAGGAGAGAGUAAACCUCAGCCACCGAAUCUCAAUAAGACCUCCUUCUCUGAGGGCGUCACGCUGGGCCUCAGCCUGCUCAGUGAACCUGACAUCACCACUGACAUUGUCAACUGUAACACAGCCCUCUACACCCAGCCUGAUUCCAUGAUCUCCAGCUUUUCCGUGGUCGCAACCCAGGACAAACCCACAGGGAUGGCUGUAUCUCAAACUGAAGGGGAUGCUGCAAGCAGGUCUCAGUCUGAGGAAGAACAGGUUGUGAUUGACUCGCAAACUGAAGGAGAAGAAGGGGAGGAUAUUGAAGCUGGUUCUCAGGCUGAGGAAGAGGAGGUUGCACUAGACUCUCAAACUGAAGAAGAGGGUGCAGUCGAUUCUCAAUCUGGGGAGGAUGUUGAAGCUGGGUCUCAGGCUGAUGAAGAGGAGGUUGCACUAGACUCUCAAACUGAGGAAGAAGGUGCAGUCGAUUCUCAAUCUGGGGAGGAUGUUGAAGCUGGGUCUCAGGCUGAUGAAGAGGAGGUUGCACUAGACUCUCAAACUGAGGAAGAAGGUGCAGUCGAUUCUCAAUCUGGGGAGGAUGUUGAAGCUGGGUCUCAGGCUGAUGAAGAGGAGGUUGCACUAGACUCUCAAACUGAGGAAGAAGGUGCAGUCGAUUCUCAAUCUGGCGAGGAUGUUGAAGCUGGGUCUAAGGUUGAGGAAGAGGUGGUUGCACCAGACUCUCAAACUGAAGAAGACGGUGCAGUUGAUUCUCAAGAGGAGGAUGUUGAAGCUGAGGAGGAAGAGGAGGUUGCACCAGACUCUCAAACUGUAGAAGAAGAAGAAGGUGCAGUUGAUUCUCAAUCUGAGGAGGAUGCCGAAGCUGGGUCUCAGGCUGAGGCCCAGGGCGAUGCAGAGGACUAUCAAAGUGACCAGGAAGUUCCUGCAGCUCAUUCUCAAUCUGAGGAAGACCAGUAUGUGACUGAAUCUCAGACCGAAGAUGAGCAUGAUGGGAAGCAAGAGGAGGAGGAAGAGGAGGGUGAGCAGGCAUCAGAACAGCUGGAACAUUACUCGGAACACAUCAGUCGAAGGGCUCAUCGCUCAGAGGGUGGACUCAUUAUGCCUGUUACAGAAGCAGAGGGGUAUUUGCCCGAUGCCACAGAGGCAGGAUGGUGUGAGGGCAGGCAGCCUCAUGCCGGGACAUCUGACUUGGCUGAGUCUUCAACUCGAGGACAGAAAGAUCCCGAGUGUGAUGCCGGUAAAGAUAAUUCCCAUCAUUUUCUGGAGGUGAUGGAUGAUAUUGUAGAGGGCGGACACCUGAGCGAUGCCUCAUCAGAAGAAGAGGCUGCUGCUCCGGAUCCUGUUGAACAGGAAGAUGAUUGGGAGGAUGAAGAAGAUGAAGAGAGUGCAGAGUUCAGCGGCAAGACCCCAGCCUUUGUCAAAGAGAAAAGGAACUUUUUUUACCCUGUGCCUCAGGCCUCAUCUUCUGUCCAGAAGAAUAUUGAAGCCAGUAGUUCAAGUGAAGCUUUACCUGCAGCUAAACCGAAGCGGGUGCAACAGAGGCGGCCAGCUAAGAAAGCAGCAUGCCUUCCUAAGAGCUACCUUAUGAGUGUGUUCAGACACUUCGCAAAAGCGAAGGUCUCCCCCGACGUGUAUCCUGUCCUAAGUGAAAUAAUGGAUAAAUAUUUUGACCGGCUGGCGAGCGACCUGGAGACAUAUGCAGGUCAUGCAAAGAGAAAAACCAUAGAGGUGGAGGAUGCUGUCCUGCUGUUGAAAAGGCAGGGUUAUGUGAAUGACAAGGUGCCGGUGGAAGUGCUCAUUGAAAAAUUUCUUCGCAUGGAGCAGCGCAAGCUCUUGAUCCCCAUUGCAACUAGUGGAAAUGUUGUUAUCCCUAAAAAGGGGAUUUGAAUUUUUCAUGUAUAGCUUUUAUUGUUAAAAAAAAUCUGUGUUUCAUCUCUUGGACUUGUACAUACUAUACUGCAUUUGAUUUGUCUGUUUGUAAUACUGUUCAUCAGAUUUAUCAAGAUUUGUGUAAAUUUGUAAAUAUAUACUUACAUAUUCUAUACCAGGAAUUUUGUUUGUAUAUCGUUCUGCCGUUCUUAUUUCCCAUUCUGUAAUUUAAUUCAGUUGUUUGUAUGUAGUGCAAACAUUCUCUGGCUGGUAACCGUGCUGUCAUUAUGGCUUAUUAUCUUUUUAUGCAUAAGAAUUCAAAUCCGACAGUAUAAAACAAGAGUGUGCAUACACCUUAAAAAAUUAACAAAUGUUGAAAUAAAGUUCCCCAUUUGGUAUUUCUGCACUUGUUUUUUAAAGCCAAUGAUGAACCGACACCUUUACUAAAAUAUUUCCCCCAUGGAGUGGCGAAGAAGAAAGAAAGUAAUGUUUUUGCAGAGGGUCGUGUCGUAUUGUCAGGUCAUGUUGUCCAGUUCUUCGCCUGGUACAGAAAUCUGUUGAACUGAUGAAAACAAACGAAUGUAGCUGUAUUAAAGGAAUACUUCACCAAA